CAAAAAUAAUUACCGGAAACAUGUCUCAAGGCGUCGUUACUGUUCCCACCGCCUCCCUCCACGGAAAGGUCGCUCUCAUCACUGGUGCCGGCCGUGGUAUCGGUCGUGGUUGUGCCAUCGAGCUCGGAAGACGUGGUGCCAGCGUUGUUGUCAACUACCAGAGCAGCAAGUCCUCCGCCGACGAGGUCGUCAGAGAGAUCGAGGCCACCGGCAGCGGAGCCAAGGCCAUUGCCAUCCAGGCUGAUGUCAGCAAGGUCGCCGAAAUUGAGCGUCUGUUCCAGGAGACCAAGAAGCACUUUGGCAAGAUCGACAUUGUCAUGUCCAACAGCGGUACCGAGAGCUGGGACAAGACUGAGGAGAUCACCGAGGAGAAGUACGACCACGUCUUCAACCUGAACGCUCGUGCCCAGUUCUUCGUUGGCCAGGCUGCCUGGAAGCACCUCGAGGACAACGGUCGUUUGAUUCUCAUGUCCUCUAUCGCCGCUGGUCUUCUCGGUGUCCGCGACCACGCUCUUUACAACGCCUCCAAGAUGGCCGUCAUUGGUAUGAUCAAGGCCUUCGCUACCGACUUCGGUAAGCGUGGUAUCACCGUCAACGGUGUCGCUCCUGGUGGUAUCAAGUCCGAUAUGUUCACCUCCAAUGCUUGGCACUACAUUCCUGGUGGAACACCCGAGUGGCCCGCUGAGAAGAUCGAGAACCUCAUGGCCGAGCACUGCCCUCUGGGCCGCUGCGCCGUGCCCGAAGAUGUCGCACGCGUGGUGGCUUUCCUCGCCAGUGGCGACGGCAGCUGGGUUAACGGCCAGGUCCUCACCAUCUCUGGCGGCUCUUCUCAGUAAACGUAUGGGAUGUGCUGCAUCGAUGUGUGGUUUGAUGUUCAUUGGAAGCGAUAUGUUUUUACGAGGCGUUUAUUCCCCCAUUUUUCUUUUUCUUUUUUUUCUCACUCAACACUUGCAUGGAUGGUACAGGCAUCUGGAAACGAAGAUAGACG